CUGUCUGAUUCUUCCAGCUGCCUCGCUGUUCAGCAACCAGGACACCAAAAUGAGUGAAAAAAUGUCUCCUAAAGAACUAAAGAGCAUUUUUGAAAAAUACGCAGCCAGAGAAGGUGAUCCAAACCAGCUGUCAAAGGAGGAGCUGAUGCUACUGGUUCAGAAUGAAUUCCCCAGUUUACUGAAAGGUCCAAGCGCCAUAGAGGACCUCUUUAAAGAACUGGACAAGAAUGGAGACGGAGAAGUUAGUUUCGAAGAAUUCCAGGUGGUACUGAAAAAGAUAUCCCAGUGAAAGAAAAAACAAAAUGAUACCAUUCUGAUCACCAAGAGAAGAGCACCUGAGAUGCAGCCCUAUUCUACACUGGGUCCUCAAUGUCUCCUUUUAAAUCUUUUCAAUUAUAAUGAUCUCACAGUGAUAUCCAAUUAUUGCUAAUAAAGAAAUUCUUAAGA